AUGAAGGAGCUGAUGUGGUCUGCGUCUAGUUUCAACCCCAAAAAGGCACCAGGGAAUGACGGCCUUACGGCCGACAUUUGUGAAGCGGCUAUGGCCUCGGACCCGAAAAUGUUUUUGGCGAUUGCCAAUAAAUGCCUGAGUCUGGCGUACUUUCCAAAAAAGUGGAAAGAGGCGGUAGUAGUGGUGCUGCAAAAGCCUGGAAAAGAGAGCUACACACAUCCCAAAUCUUUUAGACCCAUUGGGCUGCUACUUGUACUUGGGAAAAUCUAUGAAAAUAUGCUAAUUCAAAGAAUUAAAUGGCAUAUUGUACCUAAAAUUAGCCGGACACAAUAUGGAUUUAUGCCACAGCGUAGCACCGAAGACUCCCUCUAUGACAUGGUGCAGUACAUAAAAGCUAAGCUGAAGGAUAAAAAGCUAAUUGUAUUAAUAUCUUUGGACAUAGAGGGAGCCUUCGACAACGCAUGGUGGCCGGCACUAAGAUGUAGAUUAGCAGAGUCUGGGUGCCCCAUAAUUUAA